AUGAAAAGAAGAGGAGACGUGAAUGCAACAGCAAAUGUACGCAAAAAUGGCCAACUACCAUUGGUUUCUGUCCCAUUCAUCCUAACUGAUAAAUUCCAACCGAUCAUUUUGAGAAACAAAUUAGGACAGUCACAAUUUGUUCGUCCUCGAAAACUGAUCGGAAAAACUUCGUCAGAAGGAAUGAAAAAAAUUUUGGAUCAAGAGAGGACACGGUUUCAACUGCAAUGGUUCAACUUCAGACAUAGACCGUUUAAUUUCUCGAAUCAACUUCCGAUGAUUAUGAAAAUCGAUGCAACAAGUCAUCUACUAUCUCUAACAACCACAGGAUCACCUAUAGCACCUCUUUUACAAAAUAAAAACAAUUUCGAUCUAGAAAGUAGAGAUCUGAAAUUAUUUGGUCGUAAUAAGUUCCGUUCAAAAUUCCUCCAAGAAGUGCCCUUAACAACCGUUGAUAUUUUUGGUGUUAAAAGCAGUACUCCUAGAACGAUGGCACUCGAGCAACAAUCGCAACAAGAGACUCAGCACGUCAUAUUCCAAAACGUUGAGCAAACUUCAGCAAGUCAAUUUUUCGAAUUAAAAAUUCUUAUCAAAGUAACGGGAUCGGUGCUUCCAACGACGAUAACGGUAGUAGAGGUUCACACUUCACCGCCAUUCACCGUUCAGUCUUCCCUUCCUGUUGCGCAACUUGUUCCGAGUUUAUCACAAAGUUUGUCAAGCAGUGCUGCACCACCUGGUUUCUCACCACCCAACGAUGAAGUGGUUGCGCAGCUGAACGACGCUCAAAACUUCCAUGCAUUAGCAGAACUUAUGCAACUCAGGCGACAUUUUAGUAGAAACGGCACUAAUUAA